AUGCAGGCAAGCGUAGUGAUCCGGGGGCUAAGUGCCGUUUCGGUGUGUGUGGCGAGCGACAUUGUGGAGAGGCAGGGACGAGGGGUAAUCGUGGUGUCGCUGGAGACGGUCGAGCACGCCGCCAGGGGCGAGCAGCUCGCCCAUGUGGUGCGCCGGGACUGGGGGGACGAGCUGACGGCGACGUAUUUGCACAGUCAGCAUGCGGCCAGAUUCAUCACGGCUGUGCAGCUGGGGGAGGACACGCCGACAUUUCGGCCGGCGCUGCUCGUUAACCCGCGCCAGUUGCUACUCGACACAUACCGCCGGCUGGCAAGUUGUACGCAAUUGUUUGCCCACCACAUUGUGCCCCCACAAGUUUACUCUGUGGACAGUUGCUGCAGGCUGUUCCCCACCGUCCACACAAUCAUAAACUGUCACAUGGAACCCACAGCAGACGUCAUCAGACUACAAUCUGUGCUCUUGUACUGUCCCAAAGAGCUCGACACGGCAUAUACACACACAUCGGCGCAACACCAGUACACCAGACUGACCCCACUUGUCCAAGAUCCCCAUGUCGUGGUCCUCACAGGACCCCACCAGCACAAUGACGCCUAUCCCCUCCCGCGCGACUCCGACGAGCAAACGCUGCUGUGGAGGUCUAGAAAGCUAUACCCCCACGUAGUGGCGCAGGCCCAGAUUCUCAACUCCGAGGUGAUCUUCAAACCCUGCUUCGAUGAUCAACACGGGAAAAUAUACGCGUCCACCGCCGCCGACGGCCGCACAGUCGUCCACACGCUCGGCUUUGGCUUCCACGACAUCGACGCCCUCGGCGCCAUCGUCCAUGCCGUGCGUGUGCUGGCAGCCGGCCGCCUAAACGCACGCCUCUAG